GUCAAAGGGCAUUUUUGUGUCAUGUCGAAGUUCAAGUUUUGAUAACGAAGUAGUAGUCUCUCAUGUAGUAGUAGCAUUACUACCAGUACCAUGGCAUCUAAAGAUGCCAUUCUCAAGGUUUGGAAUUUCAUAAGCAAAGGCCGAGGAUUCGACCGUGUUAUGAAAGAUAUUCGCAUCUUAUCUGCAGGCGAGGGAAGGUGUAGCAUAGAGUUCGCAGGUAACGAGGAUGUGACAAACAAAGGCGGAUCUCAUGGUGGUUACACAGCAACCCUGGUUGACAAUGUUACGACUCUUGCCGUUAAUGACAACGGGCAACGCGUACCUGGUGUCAGUGUUAAUAUGUCUAUCACGUAUAUGAAGGCUGCUCAAAUGAAUGAAACACUUCUAGCAGAUGCGGAGGUCAAAAAAGUUGGCAAGACAUUAGCCUUUACUGAUGCAACUCUCAGACGGAAAUCAGACAGUUCUAUUAUAGCCCAUGGAACCCAUACGAAGUUUGUAGGUGGAGCAUGAGGGCAGGUUGGGGUAAUUCAUUGUUAAAUAAUUUUUAUAUUAUGUUAAAAGUGUGCAAUUUUAAAACAAUAAGAAGAAUACAUGCUGAUCACUGAAGCGUAUAUUAUUGCUUAACUUGUUCAUGUUGGAAGAGUUAUUUAAUAACAAUAAAUCUGUACACAACUGUACAUGUAAAGCAA